GUCGCUGGUUUUGAAAUUCUUACACAGAGACCCGGCAAAAGCCGAAGGCAAAAAGAUCGUCUUUUGCCCUUGCUGUUUCUUCACUGAAUUCUGAGAAAGUUCUCGUUUUGAGUUUCGUUUCGAUGUCAUCGCCAUAUGAUCUCCAUGCCUGCGAUGCAGAGCUGCAGUUCCUGUCUGACCCGCUCUUCCCUUUCACCGACACUGACUCGCCCAUUGACAUCCUCCAGUCCAUCUUGGACACCCAAAACCCACUCGAUGAAUCGCCUGAUGACCACCCUCUUCACCAACUCUCCUGCUCUUUCUCCUCAUCUUCACCUCCAUCUCACCAGCUCGGAAGCUUGAGCCUUUAUCAGGCAAACCAGCUUCGGCCGGUGCCGAAUGGUUCCAAUAUGUCCAAUGGGGUUCAGAUUCUUGGCGGUUAUGAGGUCAAGAGCGAGGAACCCCAGUUGGGUUACGAGACCUACCCAAUUCUUGCUCAUAGUUACGGUGGGCCCGAGAAUGUGGCCAAGUACUUGCAGAGGAACUAUAGCAGCAACUCUGUGGAUGGGAGGUCUGCCCCGUUUCAUCAGCCCCUGUUCGAUGCUGUCCUGGAGUCUCCGGAAUUCCAGUACCACCACGCCUUGAGCUCGCCUGAGCAUUGCCUGUUGGAUGGUCAAAUCAGGAGGGUGUGUAGCACAGGAGACUUGCAGCGGAGCACUGGAACGCCCCAAUCCACACCACGAUCCUUCUCGAGCCCUCUGGCCACAGAGAGCUCCUUCACUGUGGAAGCAAAUGCCAAAGUGAGACGUUACAGUGCAGAAGAAAGGAAGGAGAGGAUCCUCAAGUACAGAGCCAAACGCACCCAGAGAAACUUCAACAAGACGAUCAAGUACGCAUGCCGCAAGACGCUAGCCGACAACAGACCGCGCAUACGUGGCAGAUUCGCACGUAACGACGAAGCUGGCGAUGUUCCCAAGGCGGCAUCCUCUGCUAGAGAUGAUGACGAUGAUGAGUUCUGGAUGACUUUGCAUGAGGAGGAGCAGUAUGGAGGAAGAGCAGGUCCGUUUUUCACCACGUACAGUCAACCACAGUUCCAAUAUUACGGGUACUGACGAAGGAUCGAAGGUCCACGACGAAAUGACCAAUCGUCGGAUCAUGUGGACUCUACGUGUCUAAAUUCAUCAAUCGGGACUCCAAGUAAUACCCGGAAAAAAAGCGCUAAUGUAAGUCGCACCUAGUCGGAAUCGAUGCUUCGGUACAGGAACUCGGAAUCAUGGAAAAGCCCUCUAGAUCAGGAAGAGAUCUGUGGGUGCUUUUUAAGAAUAAAGAGACAGCAAGUGUCCUAGGUGAUGAGAGGUAAAACUUGCAGUUGGUAGUUAUUAACAAAGAGUAGCAGUUGUCAUAUUCUGUCGACCCUUUAUCAUUUUUUUUCUCUUCUUCUGUGUUUUUUUCUGUUGGGUCGUCAGAUUUUUGGUUAUUUGAUCCUUUGGUUUGUAUAUACAUAGUGGCAUGAACAAUAAUGACGUCAUCAUUUGGCA